GAAGACGAUCUUGAUCAAAUGUAAAUCACCCACUUCCCUGUCCACCCCAACCUCCCAGUCAACUCCACCUCCCUAACUCUCUCUCCCCGGUAUCCAUGUCCAACUCCGGCGACAACCCCCACAUCCUGGUUUUCCCUUACCCAGCCCAGGGCCACAUGCUCCCCCUUCUCGACCUCACCCGCCACUUCCUCCUCCGCGGCCUCGCCGUCACCGUCGUCGUCACUCCCAAGAACCUACCUCUCCUCCGCCCCCUCCUCUCCGCCCACCCCUCCCUCCAAACUCUAGUCCUCCCCUUCCCCCCUCACCCCUCCCUUCCCGCCGGCACCGAAAACGUCCGCGACGUCGGCAACCACGGCAACAUACCCAUCAUGGCCGCCCUGGGCCGCCUCCACAGCCCCAUCUCCGACUGGGUCAACUCACACCCCUCGCCGCCUCUCGCCAUCGUCUCCGAUUUCUUCCUCGGCUGGACCGUGCACCUCGCCGCCGACCUCGGCAUCCCCCGGAUCGCUUUCUACUCUUCCGGCGCGUUCCUAAGCUCCGUCAGCAACUAUCUCUGGCUUAACAUCAACGCCGUCCGUUCCUCCACCGCCGUCGAGUUUUCCGAACUCCCGAGAUCGCCGUCCUUCGCGGAGGAGCAUCUCCCUUCCGUGUUCCGUAACUACAGGGAAUCAGAUCCCGAUUGGGAGCUUAUAAAGAAUGGCAUGAUCGCAAAUUGUUCGAGUUGGGGGUGCGUUUUUAAUACCUUCGACGCUUUGGAGGGGGAGUAUUUGGAGCACUUGAAGAAAACAUUGAAAAACGGGCGGAUCUACGGAAUUGGCCCGCUCAGCUUGAUGGGCGGGGCAGAACCAAUAGACCGGACUAACCCCGAUUCAGAAUUGGGCGCCCAUGUGCUGCCAUGGCUAGAUGGGCAGCCGGAUGGGUCUGUUCUGUACGUGUGCUUUGGGAGUCAGAAAUUGCUGAAGAGGACCCAGUUGGAGGCCCUAGCUUCGGGUCUGGAACGGAGUGGGACCCGAUUUGUUUGGGUGGUCAAGUCGGGGAUGCCCGAACCGGAGGCAGGCAGGUCCUCUGGGGCCGUCCCAGAUGGGUUCGAAGAACGAGUUGCGGAAAGGGGUAUGGUGAUAAGGGGUUGGGCCCCGCAAAAGUCGAUACUGAGUCACCGAGCCGUGAGCGGGUUCUUGAGUCACUGUGGGUGGAACUCGAUGUUGGAAGGGAUAGGGGCAGGGGUACUGAUACUUGGGUGGCCUAUGGAGGCGGACCAGUUUGUGAAUGCAAGGCUGUUGGUGGAGGACAUGGGGGCGGCCGUCCAGGUGUGCGAGGGUGAGGAUGCAGUGCCUGACUCGGCCGAGUUGGCUCGGACCAUUGCCGAGUCAAUGAGCGAGGAUGUGCCACAGAGGAAGAGAGCAGAGGAGCUGAGGGCGAAGGCAUUUGGUGCGGUGGAGGAAGGUGGAAGCUCUUUUAGGGAUUUACAUGCCCUGGUGAAAGAGUUGGCCCAACUUCAUCAGGUGACAGAAGUCCACCGACGAGAGAGGACUAAAGUGCUCCCAUUUUAAGUGUGGAAGAGUAUUAAUUUUCCAAAAGAAUUAAGUUUACUAGUUGAGACCGAACAACAUAAACAAGAUCAAAAGAACAAAAACCCAAUUGAAGAAGGAAGCUUUUAACACUGGCCACAAUUUUUGCAUAAAAGGAGAAAGCUUCAUGUCCGAUCUGUCCUAAGAUUAUCAUCAAAUGAAACAUCCAGCACAUUUUAUAUUUACGCAAACAUGUAAUUUGGAAUGAAAUUUUAAAAGGAGAGCGUGAAGAAAUUAAGUGAUAGAUUUGAAUAUUGAGC